AGAAGCUUUCUAAAUGAGAUUGAGUUCCACGAAUAUGCAGGCUAGAAAGAUGUUAUUUGCUGCUAUUCUAUUUAUUUGUGCAUUAAGUUCGAAGAAGAUCUCAAUCUAUAAUGAAGAAAUGAUAGUAGCUCGUUGUUUUAUAGGCUUUAUCAUAUUCAGUCGGAAGAGUUUAGGUAAUACUUUCAAAGUGACUCUCGACGGGAGAAUCCAGGCUAUUCAGGAAGAAUCGCAGCAAUUCCCCAAUCCUAACGAAGUAGUUCCUCCGGAAUCCAAUGAACAACAACGAUUACUUAGGAUCAGCUUGCGAAUUUGUGGCACCGUAGUGGAAUCAUUACCAAUGGCACGCUGUGCGCCUAAGUGCGAAAAGACAGUGCAAGCUUUGUUAUGUCGAAACCUAAAUGUUAAGUCAACAACACUUUCAAAUGCCACUUUUUCCCGUCGCAUCCGUCUUCAGGACGAUCUAGUCACAGGGUUUCACUUCUCAGUGAGUGAAAGAUUUUUCCCCGGGUGUACGUUGAAAGCUUCUAUAGUAGAACUCAUUCAAAAGGGCUUGGUGGUCUUAAGAAUGGUUCGGGUGGGGGGUUCUCUUAAGAAUAAAGAAGAUUAAUAGAAUCUAAUUCAUUUCAUGCUAACAGAAGAGCGGAUCCAAUACCAAGACGACUUCUUUCUCAGGAAGUGCAGCAAGUACUUGAUAAAUUAAAGGUUGGGGAGCCCCCGUUUUCUUCCAGAAGAAGCAGGAGCCUUGUGCAUUGAUUAUCGGGCGCUCAACAAGGUAACCUAGCCAUCAAGAACAAGUAUCCACUUUGAUUGCAGACUUCUUCGCCCAGAAGC